UUCUCUUUCUCCAUAUGCUGUGACCCUUUUGUUGCAAUCUUGUUUCACUCUCGGAAAAAGAUCGAGGGAGCUCAGGCACUCACAAGAUGGUGCAGAGACUCACAUACCGAAAACGGCAUAGCUAUGCCACCAAAUCCAACCAGCACAGGAUCGUCAAAACCCCUGGAGGGAAGCUGGUGUACCAAAGCACCAAAAAGAGAGCUAGCGGACCCAAAUGUCCUGUUACUGGAAAGAGAAUCCAAGGGAUUCCUCACUUGAGACCUGCUGAAUACAAGAGGUCUAGAUUAUCUAGGAAUCGCAGGACAGUGAAUCGUGCCUAUGGUGGUGUAUUGUCUGGAGGUGCUGUCAGGGAGAGGAUCAUCCGAGCCUUCUUGGUUGAAGAGCAAAAGAUUGUGAAAAAGGUCCUGAAGAUCCAGAAGGCGAAGGAAAAGCAAGCCUCAAAGAGCUGAAUGAGAGAAUGAUAAUGCAAUAGCUUAUUGAAUUGUGAUAUUUUGGAAGGAAAAUUUUUGACUUCGAUGAUGACGAUGAUGAAGAAAUGUGGAAAACAUUAUGUUGAGGUUCCUCUAAAUUUGAAAAUUUGUGUCUACUUUAACUUUGUACGAGACUUAUUAUAUGGAUGUUUGUUUACUUGUCGACAAACUGACUUCCAGAAAUGUUUUAUGAUAUUUUUGUGCUUUGGUGUGUCCAAAAAAAUAAGAAUGUUGAUUUACAAUUGUUUUCUAUUUUUGCAUUAAUACUAGUUGCAGAUGGGUGUUCUGAUUA